GAAAGAAAGCCCUAGGGCUUACAUCACUCCGUCUCCAACCCACCCACUAUAUAACAUCCUCUCUCAUCGCCGCCACAACCCUAGGGUUUUGCUUAAGCUCGAAUCUCACUUUCAAGCUUCUCCAUUCUCAUCAGCGUUCAAAUCAUGUCGAUGGGAGACGUCGCCUGCAGCUACGCUGCUCUCAUCCUCCACGAUGAAGGAAUCCCCAUCACGGCGGAUAAGAUCUCGACCCUGGUGAAGGGCGCCAACAUCCAGAUCGAGUCCUACUGGGCCCCGCUCUUUCGCCAGCGCUGUUCCAGAACAGGAGCGUUGAUGAUCUCAUCGCGCGGCAUUGGACCGGUUUCAUUCUUAAUUCUCCUAAUUAUGCGUAGUUCGUUUAUAGUUUUUUUCGAUUGGAAGUUUUUAAGUUUGAUUCUUUUUCCUUUGGGUUUAGGUGGAGGUGGUGCCGCCGCCGCCCCGCCCCCGGCCGCCGCCGCUGCUCCGGCCGCCCGCCCUGCCGUUGAGGAGAAGAAGGAGGAGCCAAAGGAAGAGAGCGAUGACGAUAUGGGAUUCAGCCUUUUCGAUUAGGGAAUGCUUCUACGAAUUACCAGUCAAUUUGGUUUGUGUUUUGUUAGGUGUUACUUGUUGAUUUUUUUCCGGUUUGAAAUUUUUGUAUUUGUUAGGAUUUUGAGUUAUUUUGAAGUUUGGAGCUAUAUAAACUAGCAAAUAUGAUUUAGAUGGAAUGUCUAGUUCUUGCUUGUUAUUCCUCUUUUUCAAUUGAACUAACUUUUUAAAAAAAA